CUCAACACAGUGUAAGAGAUCGGGGAUAUUAGACGUGAUUGAUUGCAUGGGGAUAAUUCAGCGAAUUUGAAAUAACACUUCAUUACAGUAUAUGGCAUUUAAUCCAAUACGGACUGAUAUUACUUGUAAGCGAUACUGAAAAAGGCGAAAGCAUCCAUGCGUAAAACCCGCCUAUGAUACGGCGAUGAAGAAGAUAAUCCUACAUUAGGAGAUCAACACUGGGCAUACCACUCAGAGAGAGUGGUAUCUUUCUAUUAUUCGCUUUUUUAACACCAGGAUUUUAUUUCUGACGGAGUUUUAUACUGUAAAAUUGAAAGACAUGUCAGAGAAAGAUGUACCAGAGGAAACACUGAGAGAUUGGAGGGAAGCAUUUGGAAUGUUCGAUAAAAAUGGAGACAAUUUGAUAAGUGCUGGUGAAUUGGGCACAGUGAUGAGAAACUUGGGCCAAAAUCCUACAGACGAUGAUGUCAAGAAGAUGAUCAGUGACGUGGACAAAGACGCCAAUGGUUUUGUUGACUUCAAUGAGUUCGUUUCGAUGAUGAUAAAGUUCCAAAAUAGUAGUAUUGACCCUGAAGAGGAGAUGAGAGAAGCCUUCAAGGUGUUCGACAAAGACGGGAAUGGCUUCAUAAGUGCUCAGGAGCUGCAGACAGUGAUGCGUAAUCUAGGGGAGAAUCUAUCAGAGGAGGAUAUCAAAGAAAUGAUUAAAGAGGCGGAUCUCGAUAAAGACGGGCAGGUCAACUAUAACGAGUUCGUGAAGUUGAUGGUAAACAAAAUGUAAAUCACAGUGCAGCAGACAUUCUUUCCAAAGCAUUCCUCGAUGUAUUGGAUAUGAAGGCCCUCAUUCCAAGUUUUGAUUUUAUCUUCCUUUUUUUUUUUUGUUUAUCUUUAGUAGAGUUACUUGUCUUUAUGAUCAUGAUAUUUAGAAUUUGUUUACUUUCCUGAUGAUUAAUCAUACCGUCACUUCGAAAUGACCCAUUUCUAGUUUAGCCUAUUUUAUUUACAUUUUUUAAAGCUCACCCGAACAGAACCUGGUCAGAAUUUAACCAAACUAUCGACAGAGUAUCCUUGAAUAAAUGGGAUUCAAGUUUGUUCAAAUGAAGAACCACACCCUCUUCCAAGGGGAGAUAAUUAAGAAAUAGCAAAAAUUGGGUGGGUUCAUUUAAAAAUCUUAUUCACAAGAACCACUAGGCCUGAAAAGAUGAAACUUACAAAUGUAUGUGAAAGCUACCUGACAAAAUGUGAAUUCAAAUUUAUUCAUGACCCCUCACCCGGGGGGGGGGGGGGGUAGGGCGGGGCCACUAUGGGUGAAAAAAGUUUUACAUUGGUAUAUAUAGAAAAAAAAUCUUUUAAAAUCAUAUUUAUGUGGAAGUAUCCACAGGUAGUGUAUAUUCAAGUUUCUUCAAAUCAUGAUCCUCGGGUAUAAGGUGUGACCACUAUGGGCAAACAAAAUUUUGCAUGGGUAUAUUUAGGGGGAAAUCUUUAAAAAUCUUCUCAUAAAUAACAACAAAGCCAUGAUCAGUCAUAUUUAUAUGGAAGCAUUCUUAGGUAGUGAAAAUUCAUUUUGUUCAAAUCAUGACCCUCAUGGGUCAAUCAGGGUUUUACAUUAAAUCAUAUAGGAAAAAUCUUUUUUUCUAGGAACGGCAAAGUUAUGUUUAGUCAUAUCAUAUGUAUAUGGAAGCAUCCUUAGGUGAUGUAGAUUAAAGUUUGUUCAUAUCAUGGAUAUGACCCCUGGGGUAGCGUGGGGCCACUAUGGGUAAACAAAAGUUUUACAUUGGGUAUAUUUCGGGGGAAAUCUUUAAAAAUCUUAUUGAAACAGCAAAGCCAUGAUCAGUCAAAUUUAUAUAGAAACAUCUUCACAGGCCCGUAGAACAGCAAGGGGGGGGGGGGGCUUUUUCUGAGUAUGAAUAUUUUUCUAUAGUAACAUUAUAUUCUUUUUUCCCACCCUCCACCCCGCAAUUUUUGUUGCUGUAAGGUCUAGCAUGGCAAAUUUCAAGAUUUGGACAGUGAAGUACUUUUGAGCUUUUCUGAUCGAAAUUUUUCCGUUGUCUGUCGUCGUCGUUGUUGUCGUAAACUUUUCACAUUUUCAUCUUCUUCUCAAGAACCAGUGGGCCUAUUUCAACUAAACUUGCCACAAAGUAUCCUUGGGUGAAAAAAUAAUGGCAUAAUUUAAAACUCUUCUCAAGAACCACUGUGCUUGAAAAAAUAAACUUAUAUGGAAGCAUCCUCAGGAAGUGUAGAUUCAAGUUUGUUCCAAUCAUGACCCCCAGGGGUAGGGUGGGGCCACAAUGGGCAAUCAAAGUUUUACAUAAGAAUACAUAGGAAAAAAUCUUUAAAAAUCUUCUUCUUAAGAACAGGAAAGCCAUGUUUGGUCAUAUUUAUAUGUAAGCAUCCUCAGGUAGUGUAGAUUCAAGUUUGUUCAAAUCAUGACCCCCGGGGUAGGGUGGGGCCACAAUGGGCGAUCAAAGUUUUACAUAGGAAUGCAUAGGAAAAAUCUUUAAAAAUCUUCUUCUCAAGAACAGCAAAGCCAUCAUUAGUCAUAUUUAACUGGAAGCAUCAUCAGGUAAUGUAGAUUCGAUUUGUACAAAUCAUGACUCCCAGGAGAAUAGAGGGGCCAUAACCAUGAUAACAGGGGAUCAUAGUUAUACAAAGGAUAUAUCUAUCAAAAUUUUCUUCUUAAGAACAGCAAAACCAUUAUUUGUCAUUAAUUUAAAAGCAUCCCUAUGAAGUAUAGAUUUGAGUUAGUUCAAAUUAACCCCCCCCCCCCCGAACCUGUUUUAUAUCUAAACUUUUCAAGACUGAACUGAUUUAAGGGUUUUCCUAGCCAGAGGGCUCAGGUGAGCAAUGUGGCCCCAGGGCCUCUUGUUUUGCCUGUCAGGUUAUUCUUGGGAAGUCCCUCCAAUCACUUUCCGUUUAGGAUUUUUUUUCCGUGUCAGAUUUUUUGGGAAGUUCCCCCCGACUUUUGAAAUCGUUGCUACGGACCUGCUCAGGUAUUGUAGAUUCAAAUUUGUUCAAAUUAUGAACCCUGGUGGUAGGAUGGAGCCAAAAAUAGGCAAUCAAAGUAUUACAAAGGAAAAAUAUUUUCCCAGGGACAGCAAAGUCAUGAAUAGUAAUAUUUAUAUGGAAGCAUCCUCAGGUAGUGUAGAUUCAAUUUUGUUCAAAUCAUGACCCCCGGAGGUACCGAGGUAGUGUGGGGCCACAAUUGACAAUAGGAAAACAUACGAAACAUCAUUUUAAAAAAAAUCAAAAACAGGAAAGCCUUGAUUAGUUAUAUUUACAUGGAUGCAUCUUCAGGUAGUGUAGAUUCUUUUCUCAUCAAAUCAUGAACCCGGGGUAGGGUUGGGUUGGGCUAUAGUGUGCGAUGGAGUUUUACAUAAGAAUAUAUACGAAGAAGAAUCUGCUGAUGAAGAACAAAAAAGGGUCAUAGGUACUUAGGUGAGCGUUGUGGCCCAUGGUCCUCUUGUUGAAUUUGCCUUCUCUACAGCAUUAAACACAUUUUUAAAGUUAAACGAAAGUUAUGCUUGAAGAACUCUUUAGGGGAAAAUGUGUAUUCUCUGAUAAAUUGCAUUUGUAUGAUACAUAUUUCUAUAAUAAAUGAUUGACAAAAAAGUUCCCUACUCAUACCUUCUUCCUAAGUGGGCAACCACCAAAAUAUCUGACAAGCAAAAAAAGUGACUGCCUUAUCCUAUUUCCUGCAAUUUGUCAUUGUUUGACCGUACAUCAAAAAAGUUGGGAAGGGGGGGGGGCUUCGAAAUGAAAAUUUACAUAGAACUACAUAAAAAAAUGUAUUGCCUUGGACUAAAAUGACACUUCGUCAUUGGAUAACAGACGUCACGUGCCAGCCUUAAAUAUUCUUUGGGCGAUACGUAGCAAAUUUUUGACGGCAACAUGGCGAAUAAAAUGACAUCUAAAUGAAAAGACAAAGUCAUGCUAGCGCUAUUUUCGCUUUAAAUUCACUCUGCUCCUACUGAUUAAAUGUAGAGUGGUGUCCGUUUUCAGUAACGUGAUCAUUAAACAAGAUAACGAGUGGAGGAUAUAUGUAAAGACAAGAACAUUCGUUUAAUUGUUAUUGAUCUCGGUAAGUUUUUUUUACUAUUAGUAGUCCUCGACAAUACAAAACAAUUAUUAGGUUUGUUACUGACUGUCCACAGAUAUACCAGGUAUUGCGGGUUCAAGUCCAUUGAAAGCUUCGCCUCGCCUUCCAUGGACUUGAAUAACCCGUAAUAUUUCUGUGGACAGUCAGUAACAAACCUAUUAUUUUUAGAGAAAGUUGGGGAGGGGGCGUACUAUGGACUUGUGUAUGUAUUCCACUUUUUUGUUUUUAAUUUUAAGUAUUACUCUAUGUACAAAAUAUGGCCUCCUGCCUUUAUGUAGUCAGUCUAUUAUUCGAAAUUUAUCAAUAAAAAAAUUCUAAAGAGGUUCCAUGCCGAGACUACGGAUUGAUGAGAUCAUAGAUAAUACAUUUAUUUCACAACAGAGAAGCAUACAAAUGAAGUAAUUGUAAAUAUUGCAAUAUAUAUUAACUGAUGAUACUUGUUUAUCAAUGUAAUUUGAAACGGAAAACAUUAAUGAUAUAUGUCAGUAUGUGCGAAUUCCUUUUAUGUAUGUAUGAUAGUUAAUUUCAAGAUUUAUCCCAGUUCGUCAAUUCUGCUAUAAUAAUUGUAUUGUGAACAGUUUUGUUAUUGAGAACCAUAACUGACAAUAUUGUUAUCCUUUUAAUGCAUUAUUAGAUAUUGUACACCUCACAAGUAUCUGAUUGCUUGUUCCUUAAUAUGCUCAAAUUUUCUGUAAAGCCAGUUAUAUCAAGAGUAUUUAUCUUUAAAAUAUAUGGUGAUCAAAUUUAUGUAAAUUAUAUCGUAGUCGAACACAGCAGCCUCAUUAAGAACUGCUAAUAUGCGAUUGUCAGCAAGGAGUGAAGAUUUGAUACAUGCUUGCUUUGGAUUUCACGAUAGAUGAUCAACUGUUUUGUAUGUCAAGAAUAAAAACUUUGAAGUCUGAAAA